GGCGCAUGCGCAGAGAGAGGGCCGAGGGAGACCUCUGGACUCGCCGCGUCUGCCUACAGGGCCGCCUCUAUGGAGCAUCAUCCCGGGGCUCAGAGCCCCGGCGGAGGGAGCAGCGACACCGCCACCACCACCACCACCAGCGGCAGCCAGGAGGGCGAGGAGGAGCCCCUGCCUCCCGAGGAGGAGGAGGAGGAGGAGGAGAGGGAGGCCAGGGCGGCCCUGCUCUCGUCUUUCUCGAUGAUGGAAGAUUGUUUAUUGAAGAAAAUAGAAAUCAGUGUUGCGGAAGCAGAAAAACGUACUGGACGUAAUGCCGUGAAUAUGCAGGAAACUUACACUGCUUACCUGGUGGAAACGAGGGCUGUGGAUUCUCAGGCUGAAGGGCAAUGUUCUCCCCCAGACUCUCUUUGGAGGCGCUAUAGUGAAUUUGAGUUGCUGAGGAAUUAUUUGCUAGUCAACUAUCCACAUAUUAUUGUACCACCUUUGCCAGAAAAAAGGGCAGAGUUCGUUUGGCAUAAGUUAUCAGCAGAUAACAUGGAUCCAGAUUUUGUGGAAAGAAGAAGAAUUGGCUUGGAAAAUUUUCUCCUGCGUGUAGCCUCACAUCCUGUUCUUUGCCGGGAGAAGAUUUUUAAUGCUUUUUUAACCCAGGAAGGUGGGUGGAAGGAGAUGGUGAAUGAAACAGGGUUUCAGCUGAAGGCAGAUUCUAGGUUAAAAGCUCUUAAUGCAACAUUCAGAGUGAAAAACCCAGACAAGAGAUUUACAGAACUUAAACACUACAGUGAUGAGUUGCAGUCUGUCAUAUCACACCUUCUGAGAGUCAGAGCUAGAGUGGCAGAUCGACUGUAUGGUGUUUACAAAGUCCAUGGGAAUUAUGGGAGAGUUUUCAGUGAAUGGAGUGCAAUAGAGAAGGAGAUGGGAGAUGGACUACAAAGUGCUGGUCAUCACAUGGAUGUAUAUGCAGCUUCUAUUGAUGACAUACUAGAAGAGGAAGAACAUUAUGCAGACCAACUGAAGGAAUAUCUUUUCUAUGCAGAAGCACUCCGGACAGUUUGCAAAAAGCAUGAACUUCUGCAGUAUGAGUUGGAAAUGGCUGCUCAAGAUUUGACAUCGAAGAAACAGCAGUGUGAGGAACUGGCAACAGGAACUGUGAGAACAUUUUCCUUGAAGGGAAUGACCAGCAAACUGUUUGGCCAGGAGACCCCUGAACAGAGGGAAGCAAAGAUAAAGGUGCUAGAAGAACAAAUACAUGAAGGAGAAGAGCAACUCAAAGCAAAGAAUGUUGAGAGCCGAGACUUUAUGAAAAGUGCCUGGGCUGAUAUUGAACGCUUCAAAGAGCAAAAGAACCAUGACUUGAAAGAGGCCCUGAUCAGUUAUGCUGUUAUGCAGAUCAGUAUGUGCAAAAAGGGAAUUCAAGUCUGGACAAAUGCAAAAGAAUGUUUCAGCAAGAUGUGAUAUAUGGAACUCAGCCCUUCUUGGCAAAAUGCUGGAGAACAGAAGCACAAAUGCAUGAACAUGGAUAAUAAGUUGCUACAUUACUAAAUCAUGGAAUCAGUGUAGUUGUGAAAGUAGGGCACAAAGAAUUGGUCUCUGUUCCUUGAUGGCCACCUUGUGGCUUGUUUUGCAUGCAGUAGCAAAUUGAACAUUGUAGUUCUCUCUUGAAAUAAGGCUAUAGGGAGGAUCCAAAGUUGGCUCCUGUAUAAACUAAACUUUUCACUGUACUAGGCUCUUGAACCACCAGUCUUUGCACUAUGUAAAUCAUUUUCAGGUGCUCCUUCAUCCAUUGCUGUUUCACAUCUGUACUAUUAUAGCAUGGACUUUUUUUUCAUGUCUUGAUUUUUCUUGACACAAAAUUGUGUUUUGCAUUUCAGCUAUAUCCAUAAUCAUAUCAUUGUUCUCUCUGACAAAAAGUUGUUUUCCCAUUAAUGAACCUUGUCUUCUUAGCACACAUUUUUAAAUGCUCUGUAUAGUACAGUAUAAUGCCCUGCUCAAAACUUAAAACAGAUAGGAGUCCAUCAUAAUUUUUUUACUAUUUGCCAGUACAGGACUGCAGAAUUAGCAAGUAAAUAAAACAGUUAUUGACUUAAGUUAAAAUCUUUAAAACCAGUUUUCAAUUUACUCAGCAACAUUCAUUAGGUUGUAAGUAUUUCGUUCUGCGUUAAUAGUUCUUUCAAGAUGAUCAUGCCAAACAUAAAAAUGUACCCCCUUUUUUUUAAUACUAACAAUGACGACUUCGAGGCUGUUAAUCUGAACUAGUUUUGCUUUGCACAUGUAGCCACACAAAUGUGAACUGUACUUACAUUUUUGCAUUAAUUUGUUUACUGCACUUUUGUCUAUUCUAAGGAAAAUUAAUAGCAUGAAUUGUUUACUGCCCUUUGGUAUAGUAUGUUCAAACGGAAAGCUUUUUUGUUAGCUCUGUUGAAUCUUAAAUUUCAAGACACUGAUUCCCAGUUGUAAGAAGGAUUCUGUUUAGUGCCAUUUUAAAAGUUACCUGAGAUAAUGUGGGAUCAAGCUAGACAUAAUUGUAGCAAAGCCUCACUGAGUUCAAUAGUACUCAUUUGUUAAGCACAUGUUUUUGACAUAAUAAUAACAUUCAAAUCUGUUUUUCCCCAGAAUCAGAUCUUUUCCCCCCUGAAAUCAUAAAGACAGUUUUUAUAUGUGAAACAUUUUCAGCUAAACUCAUGUAAUUUUUAUUUUUGUAAAUGCCAUUGCCUAAUUUUAAAAAAUAGUUACAUUGUUUCAUUAGGAAGUCUUGUUUGCUUAAGAAAGCUAUAGCUGUGUAAGAUCAUUCCAUUACAGAGAACCAUAGCAUCUUGGUCCUAGAAACAAUAGAAUUAAAACUUGUACAUUCCAAAAACAAUAAGCAGCCACAAAGUUAGAUUUUUAUAGUAAACUUCCUAGAGUAGUUGUGCCUUAUUUUAAUACCACUAGGCACUUGGAGUCAAUAUUUUCCAUGCACUUGAUCUUCCUAGUGCCUUGCCCCCUCUCUUUCAUAAGCUGAAUAACUUAAGUGUAUUAGUAUGCCUUUUUCUUGCUAACUGUAUUAAAUUGAGAAGGGAUCAAAAGGUUCUUGUAAGCUUUGUGCCAAAUAUGCCAAAUAAAACUACACUUUAUAUUA